AUGCACUCGUCAAUUCGGCCGCACCAGUUCGUGGCGGUCCAGCUGCCGUCAGAACAGACUCGCCUCGUCAAGCUAGUUCCUAAUACCAUAGUCAAUCUGGGCAAGUAUGGCAGCUUUUCCUCCAAUCAGGUCAUCGGUCGGCCCUUUUACUUGACUUUCGAGAUACUUGAUACCCCGGAGAGUGAUGGCUACGGGCUGCGCGUCGUCUCCGCCACCGAACUGCAUGCCGAAACCCUGAUUGAAGAGGCCGAGGCAGACGGAGAAGGCGACGAUGCAGAGGCGGGAGACGGGACACCAAUGCGGACGAACCGCGAGAUCGUGGACGACGCUUCGACGCAGCGCUUGACCUUGGAGGAGAUUGAGGAGCUGAAAAGGGAGGCCAGUGGGGCAGGCAAGGAUAUUGUCGCAAAGCUGUUGGAGUCGCAUUCAGCCUUGGAUCAGAAGACGGCCUUCUCGCUCGCCAAAUACACACUGCGCAAGCGCAAAAAGUAUAUCCGGAGAUUUACCAUUCUCCCCUUGGACGUCAGCCUUCUCGUCAACUACUCGUUGCAAGAACGCGAUGCGGGAAGAACCAUGGAGCUGCGUGAUGAGCACAUCGGCCUGCUUGGAUGCUUGGCCAAUGUCCACCACGGCGGACAAGUGGCCAUGGAUGUGAUUCCCGACGUGAAACCGAACGGUCGAUACAUGGUGGUGGAUGAGACUGGAGGUCUCAUUGUCGCCGCGAUGGCUGAGCGUAUGGGGAUCUUGUAUCCCCGCGAUGAGGAGGAUCUGGAUUCUGAAGAACAGCUUACUCCCAGUGAAGGCAACGAGCAGCCAACAGAUGCCAGUGGUGCUGCUCCAAAACCUUAUCGACGUGUUCGUCCUCGCCCAAUGUCAGCAUCAGGAAACACCAUCACCGUCAUCCACGCUUACUCGCAACCAAACCUGUCCCUCUUGAAAUACUUCGGAUACGACACCAACAACCCCGAUGAAUCACAUCCACUUCACACCAACCUCAAGUCCGUUUCGUGGCUCCAGCUCGUCAACCCUGAGAACGAUCCAAUCCUAUCUGCCGAGCCUCCUACCUUGCCCGCACAGGAGCUGGCCGAGCUCAAGUCCAGCAAGCGCACUGCAUACUUUUUCAAGCGUAACCGAUGGGAGAGAGUCAAGAAUGUGGUGAAUGAGACUCGAGAAGGCGACUUCGACGGUCUCGUGGUUGCCACUCUGCUCGAGCCCGCCACGGUCUUCAAGCACUUGGUCCCACGUCUCGCCGGGUCGGCGCCAGUUGCCAUGUACUCUCCGUCCGCCGAGCCUCUCGUCGAGUUGAUGGAUCUUUACUCUACUGGGCGGAGAACAGCCUUUAUCAACAAGAAGCGGGAACUGGAGGCGCAAAAGUCCUCGGAAGACGACGAAGUCGACUUGUCCUCCCUGUACGAGGAAUUCGAACUAGAUCCAACCCUUCUCCUGCCCCCGACCCUGCAUACUUCUCGCGUUCGUGCCUGGCAAGUGCUUCCCGGCCGGACACAUCCGCUCAUGACGGGAAGAGGCGGUGCAGAGGGAUAUCUGUUCCACGGCGUCCGCGUCAUCCCCACCACAGACCACAUCCAGGCAGCUGGCACUUUUCGGAAACGGAGAAAGACGGCUGCAUCUACACCCACUACUGAUCAAGAUGUGGAGAUGGCCACCUGA